UUUCUAAAGAAGAGGAACUCGCAUUAUUUCCUCGAUUUUUUGGUUCUUUGCCGCAGCGAGGUGACCAGUUCGGAAACCCUAGCUCUUCCUCCUUGCAAACAUGAGCAGGUCAGGCCAGCCUCCGGAUCUCAAGAAGUACAUGGACAAGAAGCUCCAAAUCAAGUUGAAUGCUAAUCGCACCGUAGUUGGCACCUUGCGCGGAUUCGACCAGUUCAUGAACCUCGUGAUUGACAACACCGUCGAUGUCAGCGGCAGCAGCGAGAAGCAUGAUAUCGGAAUGGUGGUUAUAAGGGGUAACAGUGUGGUCAUGAUCGAAGCCCUUGAACCGGUAAACAGAUCACAGUAACAUCUAUUUAUGCUGGCUGCUGCUGUCUUCUAUUUCUCCCAUCUCUCUUUUAAACUAUAUCUUGUACUCGUUAAGUAGCUUUUUGCAGUGCUUCUGAUUUAAGCUUGAUGACUAUGAACUUUUUUUUUUUUUAACUGAUGCUUGAUUGUUAAACAGGUUAAUAUUAUGUGGAAAUUAUGUUCGUGUUUAUGUCA